AUGAGGACACAGGGCGGAGCAUGGACACUGGUCUUGAGGCGUGAGGAUGGCAGUUUUGGAAGGACUAUUAAAAAAGGAUUUGGCAAUGCUACUGGCGAUUUUUUUAUAGGGCUCGAAAAACUGCAUUUCAUGACGAAAGUGGUGGUACAGGAAUUAAUCAUAACCAUGAAGGACUUCAAGGGACAACACAGGUUUGCUAAGUAUGAUUGGUUUGCUAUAGAGAACGAAAAGGAAGCCUAUAAAAUGAAAACAUUAGGCAAAUACUCCGGAGAUGCUACCGACUGUUUGAGAGAACAUGCGGGGCAAAAGUUUUCGUCACGAGAUCGUGAUAACGAUCACCAUGCAGAAAACUGUGCUGAAAAGUUCACAGGUGGCUGGCUGGUGGUACAAGAUGAGUUAUCAUUUCUAUAUAUUUAG